AGAAGUACGCAGACAACAUCCACGGGGAUCCACGGGGAUCCACGGGGCGCGGGAGGAGGUGGAUUCACGCUGCGCUCCGCACCCUUCGCAACCACGUGAAACGAGAAAGCAGUGCGGAUCGGGUCCUGGCAGGACACUUCCACUCUCCUGUUGUGCUUUGGUUCAUGCUUUUGCGCACCUGUCCGUCCGUUACGCGCGCCGCUCCUCCACGGACCUUCCUCCCGGUGACUGUUCCGCUGCUGUUCGGCUUCACACCUUCCGCACCUGCCGCUCUUUACCCUGCGUAACCCCGGAGCCGCCACCAACCUCCGAGGCGGCUGCAGGGGGAGAAGGAGGAGGAGGAGGGGGGGGUGGGCAUGUGGAGCGGCCGCGGGACCUCCGCUGCAUCCCGGCGGCUCCUCCUGGAGGCGUAGAGCCGCCGCUCCCUUGGACCAUGCCGAACAGAGCUUCACGCCUGAUGAUUUCAGCAAUCUAAAGUUAUCACCACCCCACCAGUGAGUGCAGUUAUGCCAAAUGGGCCCAGUGGCUGCCAACAGGAGCGCAGCCAGACCCCCCCGCCACCUCCAAUCAGGAUACAGUAGGAGCCAGGUACUUGAGCUGUGUGUUGAUGGUGAAGUGUGCAGGUGCUGAACUCCACCUCUGGCAGUCAUGAGGAAUAGAGGGCUGAAGAUGCAGUCCUGAAGAUUGAUGGAGGGCCAUGCUAUUCAAACAGCAGGCAUUGCUGAGACAGAAGCUCUUCGUUCUGGGCAGCCUCGCCAUUGGAAGUGUGCUCUAUCUCGUGGCCAGGGUAGGGACAUUGGAUAGGCUUCAGCCCAUCUGCCCCAUCGACAGCAGACAGCCACCCCCUGAACCAGAGCAAAUUCCUCUCCGCACCCUGCAGUUUAAGCGUGGCCUGCUCCAUGAGCUACGCAAAGGCAAUGCCACGAAAGAGCAAAUCCGCCUGCACAAUCUGGUCCAGCAGCUGCCACGAGCCAUCAUUAUCGGAGUACGUAAAGGAGGCACCCGCGCCCUCCUGGAGAUGCUCAACCUGCACCCGGCGGUGGUCAAGGCGUCACAGGAGAUCCACUUCUUUGAUAAUGACCAAAACUAUGCUCGAGGAAUUGAUUGGUACCGGGGGAAAAUGCCCUUCUCCUUCCCACAUCAGAUUACCAUUGAAAAGAGCCCCGCCUACUUCAUCACAGAAGAAGUCCCUGAACGCAUCUUCAAGAUGAAUUCGUCCAUUAAACUCCUCAUCAUCGUCCGUGAGCCCACGACGAGAGCUGUUUCUGAUUACACACAAGUGCUGGAGGGCAAGGAACGCAAAAACAAAACCUACCAUAAGUUUGAGAAACUGGCCAUCGACUCCAGCACCUGUGAAGUAAACACAAAGUACAAAGCAGUCAGGACCAGCAUCUACACCAAACACUUGGAGCGCUGGCUUAAGUAUUUUCCCGUCGAGCAGUUCCACAUCGUGGAUGGGGAUCGGCUCAUCACGGACCCGCUGCCUGAGCUGCAGCUGGUCGAGCGCUUCCUCAACCUCCCCUCCAGGAUCAGCCAGUAUAACCUGUACUUCAACGCCACCAGGGGAUUUUACUGUCUGCGAUUUAACAUUGUUUUCAACAAGUGCCUGGCAGGCAGCAAGGGUCGCAUUCAUCCAGAGGUGGACCCGUCGGUGGUGACCAAACUGCAGAAGUUCUUUCACCCAUUCAAUCAGAAAUUUUACCAGAUUACUGGUAGGACAUUCAACUGGCCAUGAUGAGCUUUGAGCUCCCACAGAUUGGUGUUUUGUUUUGUUUUUUACACCAAGCAACAAAAUCUCAGACUAUAAUAAUAGCACUUUGACUGAAUUUAAUACAAGAAUGACAGUGUGACCAAAUAUAAAAGGAACUUGAUCUUAAUUUGUUUUUAUGUGUGUAAAAAUAAGACAGAAUUCUUUGAUGGUUUGACUAAAAGAUUCAGUUCAAAGCACUUGAUCCUGCUAAUGAAUUCACCUGUCUGUCACUGCUCCCAGAAAAAAGCAUUACUCUUCUGUGUGAUUAACUAAAGAGAUUAUUUUUGUUGGAGUUUGAAAGGCUAUCAAACACUGAUAUUCAUGCUGUUAGGAUAAGCUUUAAGUGUAAUGUGUUUUCAUCUUAGAACAACUGAAAAGAUGACAAAGCGGCAUCUGAUAAACUACUAAAUUACUCAUUUGUUCCCUGUCACAUUGUUUAUUUGACUAAAAUUGCAUGUGCAAUCAAGAUGCCAUGUUACCUUUGUAGGCUCUUGUCUUGGUUUUCUCCUGUUAAACACGGUUUUCAGCAUUUUCUUAUUGUAUUUCAUUUUAAUCCAGGCUGUGAUAAAUCCAUUCAAAAAGGCCUCCUUUAAUUCUCAACACCGUUAAAGAACAUGGGCUCAUCUCAAUAGGAUCGUCCUCUAAGCUUGACUAAAAACCAUUUAGGAGUCAAGCUUGUGUUUUACUGUUACAUGUGUGGUUUCUUCUCCUCUUCAGCUUUCCCACAAGUUUGCAAAUUCCCCGGCCAAAAGCCAUAUUUAAAAAAAAGUUGUCCUCUGAUGAUUCUUGUCAAACCAACUGUUUAUUCUAUGAUGAUUAGCAAAUUGUGUCUGUUCCUGUGAAAAUAUUCAUUCUGUAUCAGUAUCAAGUGUAUUGUUAAAAACAAUGUUAAAUUAAAAUAUCAUGUGAACAGUU